GUUGGCGUCUCAUUCCCUGAGCCUGGGAGCAGCCACAGCUUCUCGCACGCCGACUCCAGCGCCAACCCGGACUUGGACCCGGACCUAGAAUCUCUCCAGCAGCGCAGCAAGGAGCAGGACUCCCCGCAAAAACUUCCCCCGCGCGGCUCCGCCACCCCCGGGAGCCCCGACUGAGCCUCUGCAAACUCCACCUGCUGCACCUGCCAUCCCGGAGCCAGCCAGGGUGCCCGAGCGAACCAUGGCCAACGCGGGGCUGCAACUGCUGGGCUUCAUCCUGGCCUUCCUGGGCUGGAUUGGGGCCAUCGCCAGCACAGCGAUGCCCCAGUGGAAGGUUCACUCCUAUGCGGGCGACAACAUCGUGACAGCCCAGUCCAUCUACGAGGGGCUGUGGAUGUCCUGCGUGUCGCAGAGUACCGGGCAGAUCCAGUGCAAAGUCUUCGACUCCUUGCUGAACCUCAACAGUACUUUGCAAGCAACCCGUGCCUUGAUGGUGGUUGGCAUCCUGCUGGGACUAAUAGCUAUCUUUGUGGCCACUGUUGGUAUGAAGUGUAUGAAGUGCCUGGAGGAUGAUGAGGUCCAGAAGAUGCGGAUGGCUGUCAUUGGAGGUGUGAUAUUUCUUAUUGCAGGUUUGGCUGCUUUAGUUGCCACAGCAUGGUAUGGCCACAGAAUUGUUCAGGAAUUCUAUGACCCCAUGACACCAGUCAAUGCCAGGUAUGAAUUUGGUGCAGCUCUCUUCACUGGCUGGGCUGCUGCUUCUCUCUUGCUUCUGGGAGGUGCCCUACUUAGCUGCUCCUGCCCCCGAAAAACAUCUUACCCAACACCACGGCCCUAUCCCAAGCCUGCACCUUCCAGUGGGAAAGACUACGUGUGACACAGAAGCAAAACGAGACAAUCCUGGAACAAACAGAAAAUGGACAUUGAAAUACUAUAAGACUUUAAGACCUUGAACUUUGACUAUUGUCUGAACUGUGGUGUUAUUAAAAAAAACAACACUUUUUUUAAAAAUGCCCAUUGCUAAAAAUGACUAAGUCUUAUCUCAUCUCCUUGCCUUAAUAUGGGAGGGAAGCCUUUUCCAUGUGUAUUACUGCUUCCCACUGAGUAAACAUCUCAAAUGUGGGGAGGGGUGCUCCUUAAUUAUAGAUAUGUAUAUAGACAUGUUUUUCUAUAAAAAUUAAUUAGUAAAAUCUCUUAUUAUGUUGGUAUCAACAUAAUUAAAACAUAUCUAAAAUAUAUAUGUAUAUUUAAGUCUAUAUUGAUUAAAUAAGCAAUUUCUUUGGUAUAUGCCUCUUUUUUUCUAUAUGUACACAUAUAUAAUAGGUAAGAUAUCAUUUACCCUCCUUCAUCAGCUUUUAGUGUCUUUAACAUAAGACCUAAACUACUAAAGCAAGUAUAAAUUCUGUCCGUUACUCACAUGUGCCCUUUUCAUAUAAUUAUUUUCCUAUUUUUUUACCAUGAUCUUAUAACACUUGCUUUGUCAUCAGUCAAUCAUUCUUCAUGCCUUUAUUUGUUUUGUUUUUUACUAGGUUGGGCUUAACUUUUAGAUCUAGCAACAUAUUCCCUAAGGAUAUUAUUUAAUUUCUAAAAUCAGUAAGUUUUACAAUUCAGAGCUUUGGGGGCAAAUCUUUCUGCAUGGCCAGAUGAUACGCUCCUGUUGACCUUCCCACCUCAUCUCUGUAUUCUGACCUGUAACACUCUUGUUUGCUUUGAAAAUAUUUGCCUUUUUGAGCAAGUGUGUGCUGCUUUCUAAGUGUUGUAACACAAUUUCAUUGAUUGAAUUUUUAAGGUAUUUAUUUACUGUUGUAUCCUUCCAAACUACCUUUUCCACCCCUCCUCUCCCUCCUCAGCUGUAUGCUUUCUCAUAGGUAAUUAUCAUAUAGUUACCUGUAUGUUUGGUCUGUUUUUCUGCAUGAAGUGCUAGAUUUUCUGUAGUGAUAAGCUGGUGACAAAUAUUCUCUCUGAAGUUGUCAGCAAGUCACUUAUUCUUUCUCCUCCUUUCCCAUCUGUUAAAUUGAGAUAAUGAUACUUAACUAGCUGGUGGAGGUGGUGUGAGUAUUAAUUAGUUGGUGUUAUGCUCAUUCUUUAAACAUGAAAUAUGUCUGAGUAGUGUUUUUAUUUGCUCAAUUGGUGGUUAGAACUCAUUGAACCAAACCUGCACACACCUUCACAUUGUUCGUGCCUUCCUUUCCACCUUAGUCCAUUUCCUUUCUCGCAGCUGCACUAAUCAUGUUGUUGGUGCUCUGUUCCAUUUUAACAAUUGCUCUUAGUUUUGCAGUAAGUGGAAAAAUGCUCCUUUACUGGGGCAAGAUGAUGUAAUGAAAAGGGAGUUGGUGUUGGUGUCUGGAGACCUGAUUUGAGUCUUGGUGCUAUCAGUUACUGUCUGAGUUGGCCUAGAUUUAUUGUUUCAUCUGUAAAAAAGGAAUUGUGAUUCCUGACCUGCCUACCUUGCAGGGCUUUUGUGAGAAUCUAGUAAGAUAGAAUAUGUGCAAAUGUGGUUCGUAAGGUGAAAAGUGCUAUAAUAAAGAAAAGAACUAAGGAAUUUAAGUGCAUAAAUUUGGGAUUAUUUUUCAAAUUAUUGAAAAGGGAGAAAUUUUAAGGAAUGGAUUUCUUGCCAUAACCAAUCUCUCAAGUAAUGAGACACUAUAGUGAAAUUCAGCUUACUAAAUGAAGUGGAUUCUAAGGAAGUCAGUUUCUUCAGUGUGGCCUGAUGCUUUUUUUUUUUUUUGUGUGUGUGACUAAGCUUUUCUCCUCUUAGGAAUGCAGACUUGACCUAGGACAAGUCUGCAGACGUAGUAGGUAAAACAGAAGUGUAAGUAUUGGCAAAGCCAAAGCAUGGAAGAUUUUUUGAACUAUAAUAAUUUGCAAGGAUAUUCAAGGUGAAUAUCUGUUAAGUGAUGCCUUCUGACUUAGUGCUGUUAGGUGUUGCUAACACUUAUAGGUUAGUUUGGGAAUGGUCAUUCAUAGUGAAACCACAUAGCAAAGUUAUCCAGAGGAUUGUAUCAUAUGAAGAUUUGAACCUAGAACUUUCAGUCUUCCAACCUGAGUCUAUGCUUCUAGAAGGUAUAACUCAGAGAGCCUUUGCAACAUACAUAAAUCCUAACAAUGUGCGAGUGUAAACGCAUGUGGUUUACUAGUCGCUAAAUUCUGCAAAAACAAUCUAUAACCUAAAAUCACCACCAGGAUUGUUACACCAGAAGUUAGUCAAUUUUGAUAUUUUUGUAUUCUGCUAUUGUACCUUAAACAAACCCAAUGGAUAUUUUGGGAUUUUGUAAUGGAAAUUUGUAUAAAGCAUUAUUCUUUUUCAAUAA